GUCACAUGCAGACUGUGAGGCCCAGGAAGUGAAGCAGCUGGAGUUUUAGGCUGGUGAUUAGAUGGAGCUGGGAGUCCAGGGUCCAGUGUCUGAGUGACCCAGGUUCCAGUUUCUGAGUGACCCAGGUGUCUGAGUGACCCAGGGUCCAGUGCCUGAGUGACCCAGGUGUCUGAGUGACCCAGGGUCCAGUGCCUGAGUGACCCAGGUGUCUGAGUGACCCAGGGUCCAGUGCCUGAGUGACCCAGGUGUCUGAGUGACCCAGGGUCCAGUGCCUGAGUGACCCAGGUGUCCUGCCUGAGUGACCCAGGUGUCCAGUGCCUGAGUGACCCAGGUGUCUGAGUGACCCAGGGUCCAGUGUCUGAGUGACCCAGGUGUCUGAGUGACCCAGGGUCCAGUGCCUGAGUGACCCAGGGCCCAGGGCCCAGUGCCUGGGAGGGGGGGGUGGUCUUGGAUUUACAAUGUUGGCUGGUGGGAGCAGCAUUAAUACUGAAUAUGGACCCUGUCUGUCUGCUGAGCAGGAGGAAUCUGCUCCCCUCCUUGGGAAUGUGAGUAGGAAGGGUUAAUUAUAUACUAUUUUUAUUUCAAAUAAUCUGCCUGGUACAGAUACUGUCAGAUUGCUACUUGCAAUCAUUAUAUUCCUUAAUCUACACAUUGGGUUUAAAUAUUUACAUCUACAAAGCUGUGUAUUGUGUUUAAAAUGUGUUUAUAUUUAUUGUAUAUAUGUGUGUGUGUGUGUGUGUGUGUGUGUAUAUAUUUUGUGUGUGUGUGUAUAUAUGUGUGUGUAUAUAUAUAUAUAUAUAUAUAUUGUAUAUAAAAUGUUAUUCCUUUACACUGAUUGGAGUAUUUUACAUUAAGACAGGAAUGGUGGAUUUCACUGCUCUCUCCUUAUUGGAAACACUUGUUUUUAAUUAUAUGCUCAGCUCGCCCAGACAUUGUUUACUUCACUUUGUCAUUGCAUUCUAAUCUGUGGCAGUAACUGUGUCAGAAACACUCAAUGAAUGCAGGCAUUCCUGUACUGCCAGUGAGUUUAAUUGUGGAUAGGCUGAUUGUACAGUAACUGUAACCAGAUCACAACUUAAAAAAAAAAAUAGUGUAGGCUUGGUUAGUCCAUCCUAGAACAGUCUGUCAUGGAAAAAACAAACAUUGGCUGUGUAACUACAUAACUACAGUGUUUCUUCGUAUUUCUAACUGUCCCUGCUACACAUUUACCAUUCUAAUAGCACUGUGUACGUUGCAUGGCUUAGAUAUUGAUGUUUUAAUGGGCGCAAAAUUCUGUUUGUGAGUAAGUUGAGUUUGGAAUGUUUGUUUAUUUACAAGUAGCCCUUUCGCUGUUAAAUGAGUGGUUCCAGUUUUAGAGCCUCUUUAAAGGCGGUUUAUAACGAAAUGAUUUCACAUUUGUUCCUUCAAGUGUUAAGAGGUCUUUUAGCUAAAGAAAACCAAGGUAACUUCCUUUCAAUCAGAGAAUAAGAAUAUAUUCCUGUUGCUCAGCUUUCACAUGCUAGGCUGCUGUCUAUAAUCACAUGUUAGGGCCAAUGAUUUUUCAUGCUGUCAUCGCAUUGUACAGUUUUUUUAUCUGUUCUAAAGCCUUCUAAAAUUCGUAUUCAGUUAUAGCUAUCUGUGAUAUUAAUUCACAACUUAGUGCCACUAUUUUAUUGGAAAGGCUUGUUUUAAUGGGUUAUAUAUUUUCUGUGCUAAUAAUCCAUACAGAGUAGAAUGCCUCGUUUAAAAUCACAACAGACUGUAUAAGAGAGAAUCUGCACUGUACCAACAGCAUGGGACCCGUUAUCUCUUUUAUAAUAGUAACAUGCAUAUUAUUUCUGUGUACCUCCCACCUUGCAGAGACAGAGAACUUCCGGAGCAUCUUUUGGGCUGUCUGUGUUCAAUCUGAUGAAUGCUAUCAUGGGAAGCGGCAUCUUAGGGUUAUCUUAUGCAAUGGCCAGUACUGGCGUCAUUGGCUUUAGGUAGGUACAUCCUGUAAUACAUGAAAUGCACAUACCUAGGUGAUUGUAUUAUGGUAUUGUCACAUUAAGUGAUGGCAAACUUUUCAGGACUAUAUUUCCCAAUAUGCACGCUGUAUAAAAUAGGGAAAUCGCUAGGGUAACCAUCACUGCAUUCAUUUCUUUGCCAGAUAGCAUUAAACAUUGAGUAUUUAGAAGUGGUCAUGGUGGUAGCAGUACUUAUGAGCAGUGUUUCACCUUAAAACAUUGCACAUACUGAUUUAUUUUGUAAUUGGGUGCUGGGGGCAUGCAGGUGCUCUGAGCUGGCGAAUCGGUCCAAUCACAGUCUUUUUUUUAUAUGAAGCUUGUGAUUGGCCUGCACACAGCCCCUGUGAUAUAGAAGGGGGCAUGGAAGUUAGUGCUGGGAACAUCUCCUGGCGUUGGAUUCCAGGUAAGAAAAAUAUCUUUCUGUGCAAGUUAUACUGCAAACAGAGGGUGCCAAAUAGGACAUAUUAUAGAAAAAAUGCUCCCCUCCCCCCAAAUGGGGGGACCAUGGGGUUUAUUUAGUAAACUCUGACUGUAGUGAAUUCAAAUGGGGAAAACAAAAAUCACUAACACAAAAAUAAUUGUGCUGUAUUAUCAACUGCCCUUUGCUGUUGACCUGUAUGUAUGUUGUAUGCCUAUCCUCUUGCCACUGCUGUCGGGGCAGUGCGAGUCUGUUUGUUCCUCUGCCGCACAAUAAAAAUUAAAAAACAAAAACAAAAAGAACACUAAAAUUCUACAAACUACAGCAGAGUUUGAUCAUUUUUCCUGAUCUGCUGUUUCAGUCUAAACAUUGUAGAGUUUAAUGUACUCCAUUUUGGAAUCUAGUGAAUAAACCCCCAUUGAUAUUCACUUAAUCAGGAAAUGUUUGCCUGUCAAUUCUUCAACAUCCCAGUUACAUUAACCCCGUGUGUUCCAGGUGUGAAUAUACUGCAGUGACAAUCUUAGCUGCUUCGUUUGUGGGUUUGAAGAAGGGGAACUGUCGACAUAAUUGAAACCUUUUGUGGUUUUUGUAUUUGCUGACAGAUUAUCACAUGAGCUCACAAACCAAGAACCAAAAAUAUGUCCCUUCCCCCGCCUAGGUGAUUGUCAGCUUCUGAGUAAUGCUGACAACGAAAUACUGUGACACUGGCACGUGAUCUUUGCUUCCUCCAGUAAGAUCCAGUCUGAACUCGGCAUUUUCUAAUAAAACACUCAUUUUAUUUAUUUAUUUUUUUAGCAUCCUGCUGUUGAUUGUUGCCUUACUGGCCGCGUAUUCCAUCCAUUUACUGCUGCGUAUGUGCAUUCAGUCUGGUAAGUUGCAUGAGAGGUUCACAAAAUGUUUCCAAUUGAUAUACCCAACAAUCUGUAAAAUUCGCAGCAGGCAGCCCUUCUAAUCUUUUCUGCAGUUCGUUUCGUUAUAUUUCAUUUUAUUUAUCUGUUAUAAAAGUAAGGGGGGUUUUUUUGUACAAAGAAAUUAUAGUAGGCGCUCAAACUGUCAAAUAUGGGUAAUAGUAAAAGGAAGAAAAGCCGGGUGCUUCCAUGGAAGAUCUGAUCCCCAACCAGAACCAUAGUCAUAGUACAUAGAAUCCCAAACACACCAGAAAGAAUUAUUUGCAUAUAAAACAUAUUUUAUUCAUAUAGUGCAUUUACAUACAAUGUACAGGAAAAGUGCUGAUAACAGUACUGGUAUAUAAGUAGUAACCAGCUAACAAAUCACCACUAUACGUGCAUAAUAAAGUGCUAAAGAAAACAAACAUAAACCCAUAAUAAAUUAGGUAUACUAACCCAAAGAGCAUGAGAACACAGAACCCUGACGUUUUGGCAACCAAGCCUUCCUUAGGGGAAUAUCUAUCCUAAUGGUUUUAGUUCUUAUUAAUAUAAAAGUAUGGUCCCAAUUGAGAACAAGUGUAGGGAAUAACGACAUAAUUGCGGGAUAAACCGACAUUACCGUCUUCCGAGUACAUCUGACGUCAUCGCCCUCAUAGUGUCACGUGACGUAAACGCACACAAAGGAGUGUAUCGUAGGGUGCUAAACUCAGUUACUUCCGCGUAUCGCAUGAUGCUGCUGCGUCCACGUGACUUGGGACACAGACAAUGAAUGAGAUCCUAUCAUACACUGUAUGGUAGCGCCGUGGGACCAAAAAACUAGUUGCUCAAAACCCAAACUCUACAGGCACUUGGAAUCAAACUCCCUAGUGUACACUACUAUUAUUAUUUCUUUAUUAUUUUAUUUAUAUAGCGCCAACAAAGUUCCGUAGUGCUGUACAAUGGCUUAAAUACCACAAAUCGGUUCUUUGUGACCGAUUGCCUAUAUCCAUAUAAUAAUAAAACAAAAUCAAAAUAUAUAAAACACAAAUGAAAUAAUAUCAUCUGCUAACAAUAUAUAUAGAUCUUUAACAUAAAAUAAUGAAUCACAUAGAUAUAAGGGGUAUAUUAACUCAAUCCUUAUAAUAACCUUGUCCACAGUGUUGUCAAUGAGAUCCAUAAAUUGUACUUGGAUUAAAUACACCGGUAAUAUAUCAAUACUAAUAAUAAAUGAACACACAUAUAUGGGGCCCCAUACAUACCAGAAGAUAAAAGGGAACCUAAAAUAAAAACUAACGAAAUAAUAAAUUAAAUAAAUGAAUUAAAAAUGAAAAAAAAUAAAAAAUAAAUAAUAAAUAUAAAUAAAUAAAAAAAAAGAAUAACAAAUAAAAAUAAAAAAUACCUAUAGAUAGAAAUAUGUCCCAGUCUCGGAUUCAUGGAGUCAGUGCAGGCAGUGAGCCUGUGCUGGUCCUGGAUGUGGGACUUGGUUGCCGAAACGUCGGAGUUCUGUGUUCUCCUGCUCUUUGGUUUAGUAUACCUGGUUUAUUAUAGGUUCAUUGGUUUUUUUUCUUUAGCACUUUAUUAUGCAUGUAUAGUGGUGAUUUGUUAGCUGGUUACUACUUAUAUACCUGUACAGUGUAUGUAAAUCCACUAUAUGAAUAACAUACUUUAUAUGCAAAUAAUUCUUUCUGGUGUGCUUGGGAUACUUUGUACUAUAAAAGUAAAAUUUAGCAAACAUGCAGUAUUUACCCAUCAGGUUUCCUUAUUAUUUCAUCCUGCCGUAGCUGUGGCUGUUUAUAUAGAGCCCGGGUCCUGACUAUCUUAAAGGAUAAAACAAUACAAGUGUAAAUGCUUAAUAGGAUACUGUAAGGCUCUAUAUAUCAGACCCCUGCAGUAUAUUGUAGAUAUGAUCAGUCUUUGGUAGAAUGCCUUGGAGCCAGUUAGACGAUGGAGAAUUGUGUGGCCAGCAGUGCAGCAACAGUUGGGUCUAAGGUCGGACACUGUAAAUCUAGAGGUCUGAGCAAGGCACAUAUUAUAGAAAGGAUGUCGGUAGAAUGCCUGCGUUAGCUAGCCGGUAAUGAUUGUUAUAUAUAGUGGGAGGGCCUUUUAUCCAAUUGUAAACCAGUUUCCUAGUAAAAUUUUUAAGAAUAAGGGCUGGUGUGUACUUUACAGGAACGCACCAUACCCACUGCAUUAUGGUGCCAGGUGUGUUCAGGUUCCUAACUUUCCACAAUAUGUAUGGCGUCAAACUGGUUUCUUGCAAAUUGUUUGAUUUUUUUUUUUGUUUUGUUUUUUUUAACAUAAGCAAGCACUAAUCGGCAUGCGUAAGUCAGACGUCGUCAUGUGGAGGUUCAAUAGAAAGGCCUUUGAUUAGACCAUUUAACUGCUUAGUGUGCCUGCCUGCACCCUGAGCUGGCAGGAGGAGGGGGAAAGGAGAGGAAGAGAACAAUUACUGAAUGGGAUAGGGAGACGGGGAGGGCUGCAGACAAGGAGGGAGGACAGACACAAGCUUUCCCUUGCAGACUCUGCCUUCAAGGAAGAAGCAGAUGUUUUCGCUCUGUGUUAAAUAUGCACAGAAUUGACAUUAGGCCGCUGGAACGGGGUUCUAUGCUGUCUAAUUUACAUGUGCCGGGUUGUAACCUGCCACAGCGCACAAGUGCCAGUAACUCUUUUGUGCAGUGUUUCAAGCCAAAACACUGUACGUACAUACAUAAAUAAUAAGUAGUUGUGGUGGUUGAAGUAACUGCUUAAUACAGCCAUAUCAAAAUUAUAUAAAUUCAAAAUUUGCAGUGCUAGAUGGAUAAUGGGAUGUUUGUGGCUCUCUCUAUCGAUCUUCGUCAGCUGCUUACUGAUGUCUUAAUCCUCUUCUAUUCAACCCUCUCUCAAUCACUAAAGUGUUUGCGUUCAAUUGUAAAACACUUACAACAUUUUUUAAAGUGACCCAACCAACCUUCUGAAUAUAAGUGUGAUAUCAGUGAUUUAAAUAGUGCUUGUGUCCUUGUCUGUUUCCAGCUGUUACAUCGUAUGAGGACCUUGGUAUGUCUGCAUUUGGAUCAAUUGGAAAGGUAAAAAAGUCUCUUUUUUGUGAUUUUCUGUGCAUGUUUUUAGUUUGCCAUGUGUGAUAAUGGGCGGGACAUGUCACCCAAACCACUUCAUCGUCUCUUUUGGCUUUAAAUUCGAUUUGUUUUUGUGGCACUUCUCACUUUACUAAAUAACCCUGCAUUAUUAAUUUUAGAUGGCGCAUGCCCAUAGCUAGAGUGUCAAAACAGAUUUUGAGAAAAAUAAUUUUAACACUCAUCUGUGCAUAGGGACACCAUCGCAUUAGGAAUUCACGUUUGUAUCCCUAACGCUGUAGUGUUCCUUUAAGGAUACAGUUUAGAGUCUGCCCAGGGACUAGGUGCCCAGUCCAGAUCAAACCUGCAGAAUUAUUGGGUGCCGAUAUGGGUAGAAUUUGUAGAAAAAUAUUAAAUUAUGACUUUUAGCUGCAAACCGAUAGUUAAUUAAAAACCUCGUAUCACCCAAAAUUAUUUUUGUGCUAUGUAAACAUGCAUUUAAUUACAAAAUAGAUACACAAAAACAAAUAAACUAAUUUCACUUGGUGUCAGCAUUUACUUUAUUAUGUUUUUAUUUUAUGCUUAGAUUCUUGUGGCGUGCACAAUCUUAAUUCAGAACAUCGGAGGUAAGAUUGAUACUUUAUGUCCGUAAGAGAAUAAAGGUAUUUUAUUGCUAUAGUAAAUUUGUUUAUGCUGAUUAAAUGGCUAUUUCUUAUUUGCAUCCAAUGACAUACCGGUUACAGUUCAGGAUACGAUGUUUGGACAGACUCUGGAGAUUCGAUGUUGUUUGUGUAUUCUGCCAUGUUUACCUCUCUCCUGUCUGCCCACCGUGAGAUGUAUCAGGUCUUCUCUCUGCCACUUUGUGUUUUAAAAUUGCUACAAUUAAACUUUUGUCUGUUAAGCUAAUAUCCCUCUAAUUCUUUAAAAUAGUAAGUUUUAGAUUACAUUCCACUUGACGUCAUGAAAGCAAUAUUAAAACGUGUGUGCUAAUUCACAUGUACAUUCAUAAGCCAUAUUGAAAAUCUAUCCAUAAAGAAACAGUUAUAGUCUGUUACUAUAUCCUAUUAGUCUGUCUGUGUUGAUGGUGGCUAAACAUCGGUCAAUUUACAAUCCCUCUUACAGUUUGUAAAAUGUUCUCAACCUGUAAUUCCACUAUUCCUUGGGGCUAACGUAGGACUGCUACUGCCUUCACCUUCUGAACUAUUUUACCUUAAUUCUCGAUCAUUGAGUCUGUAUUGGCUUCCUGUCCAUUUCAUCCAAAAAAUGAACAGAGUUAUUUACUAAAGUGAGAAUUAAUAGUGGAUUUCCAAUUUAAGGCCAGUGUAGCCAAGCUGGGACAUUUCUCUAAGCUAUGCUACUAGUUUAGCUCCUUGUGACCUUCAAUCUAAAAUUCACUUUACUGAAUAACCCUUUAUGUGUCUGACCAACACCAUGCGGCGGAAAUCUCUGCCCUUCUCCCCAAAUGCUCUCCCACGCGUCAUUUUUGUUUUGCCCUGGACCUGCAUCCAUCUUUUCCUUUAUUUUUUCCCUUCUCUUUCCCAUGUCUACCCUCUGAGAUUCUUUGCUCUGUCAGACUGCCUCCCACAUUCAGCAUUGUUAAAUGUUCUCUGAGAACCCAUGUAAUACAAGACGCACACUGCCUCUCGACAAUCUCAGCAAAUUUUUAAUUAUAAGAAUUUAUAAAAGCACUUAUAUAUUCCAGAGCAAUUUACAAUGUUAGUUGUGGGGAUGUAACCACAAAUAAGAGACAAACUAUUACAAAUGUUAAGCAAAACAGAGAAACCGGUAGUGAAGAAUACCAAAGAAUAAAAAUACAAUAAAAAUAGUCUUUAUAGCAGUCCAAAAAUGGAAAAAUCCCAGAAAAUUACCUGAUAAUAUGACCCCAUCUAAAAGUAAAAAAUCUUCCAUCCAAAAUUCAUGAAAUGCUUGUGGAGCCACUUGGAUCAAUAGCAGCAUAUGAAAAGAAACACAAACGGGAAAAGACCAAUAAUGAAGUAUUGUAGUAAAAAUGUGUGACAAACGAUACAAAGGUCUUAAAGCGGUACUGUCAUGCCGAACUUACCUUUCCUCAAUCUCUUACUCUUCUCCCCCUCUCUCAGGAUCUGUUCUUCUUUUCUUCCUGUCUUCUUUAACAUCAUAAGACAAAGUAGGGACUCUUUGCCUUAUGGAGGUUUCCUCCGCUUGACCAGUGGAGGAGCAAAGUGUGCUUCAUUUCCGCUGGUCAGAGCAAUUUUCCCAUAAUUCUUACCUUUCCUCUGUGAUCUCGCGAUGCUUCCGGUCAUUUUACACGAAACUGCCGAAUUGCGUUCUAACUCAAUGAGAACAGUAUGUUUGUUUUAGAACUCAAUUCGGCACUUUGUUCGUAUCGGAAUUUAAUUUGAAUGAAUGAAACUCCGAUCCUAUUCAUUGCCGCGGCUGCAUCUUGCAGCUGCUUAGUAGUGGGGGCCAUAAAUUACAAUGAGGGGUACCUACUGUCCUCCCCCCCACCGGCCCCCACCCUUGAGCGGUGGGUGGGGGCCAUAAAGAUAACGAGGGGGGCAGACCUACUAAAAUAAUCCAUCUUCACCCAUGGAGGGCUCCACACAGACUGAGCUCUGCAGGGCGGGGAAAGGCUUAUAAAGCCUUUCCCCGCCCUGAAACUAGGCUAAGAACACUCUGAUUGGCUGGUUUAAGCCAAUCAGAGUGCUUUGUGUCAUUUUACACAGCGUGGGAAAGUUCUUUGGAAUUUUCCCACGCUGUGUAAAAUGACAAAGAGCACUCUGGUUAGAUUCCAAGCCCACCAGAGUGUUAUGAGUCAAAUUACACAGCAUGGGAAAAUUCAAAAGAACUUUCCCAUGCUGUGUAAAAUGACACAAAGCACUUUGAUUGGAUGGAUUUCAAGCCACCCAAUUAGAGUGCUCUGUGUCAUUUUACACAGCGUGGGAAAGUUCUUUGGAAUUUUCCCACGCUGUUUAAAAUGACAAAGAGCACUCUGAUUGUCUUAACCCAGCCAAUCAGCAUGUUCUUAGCCUAAUUGCAGGGUGGGGCAAGGCUUUAUAAGCCAAAGGCUGCUCACUGUUUAGUAGACAUGCCCCUACUCGCGGUCUAGUGAGUAGGGGCAUUUGGGAGAUUUUAAUCUCCCUUAUGCUAAUAUGGGGGUCAUAUUGACCCCCAUAGAGUGAGGGGGGGACCUGGGGGGCUUAUGAAGUGGUGGGGAGCACUGCUCCCUGCCGCUUCUAUCGUUACAUAUUACAAGGAAGGAGCUGCGAGCUGGUAGCUCCCUCCUUGUAAUAAACUGAAUGAACAAACGAACACUGAUAUUCAGUGUUAGUUUGUUCAUCUGAUUUUUCUAUUCAUUCAUUCGGCUUUCUGACAAAUGAAAGAAUAGAUGAAAUUCCUGUUCGUAUGCCCAGGUGUUUAACUGGGCAUGUGCAGGAAUCUCAGUGGUAUCUAGUGUGGGCAGAUGACGUGUCCCACGAGGACCUCCUCUACGCACACAAAGAUGGCGGCGCCCUGAAUAUAGAUCGGGGCAGAAAAUAAAGAUUUUAAAAUAGGUAAUCUGGGGGGCUUAGGGGCAUUUGGGGGUGACUAAGGGGUUGGUUAGAUGUAGUGGAGUCGGGAGGGGGAUUAAAAAAAAAAAAAAACGAUUCAGGCCAUGACAGUGCCGCUUUAAGAAAUGCCAACUCACAUUUUAUAGAGCUAAAUCAGCUCUGCAUAAAAUAGCAUGCAAUUGUAUUUUAUCCCCACUUGCAGGAUAUUCUUCAUGCAGUACUUCACAGUAGAGUGGUGGUGGAGUGGAACAUAUGCAAUUAUAAAGAAAAGGCAAGUAGUGCUCUCUAUUGAGGUUAAGUAUAAACGCAAAUAAUGGAAAUAUACUUACAUUAGAUAGAGCAGUUAGUCUGCUCUAUGUAUCAGGCGUGGGUGGUAUAAUCCCCAUCUAGGAUUCUUUUUGCGAUAGUCCACAAGAGUAUAAAAUAGUAGAUACAGGUGCCAGGUAACAAAAUAUAAAAUAAACGCUAAAAAGUAUAUGGCUCACAAAAAAUAAUGGAGUAGCCAAAAAUACUUUAUUACAACAAAAACAGCUUAAUAACCACAAUACUUUUCUCCCCUUAAGGCUUUAUUUUUGCCGUUGUUCGGUUGUUUAGGGCUGCUCCAAUCUCUCUUUUGUGUACUUAUUACAAAUGUUAGCAGGAACAAGAGGCUAAUGGGUAACCUGCUUGAAUAAACGUACAAUCUAGAAUGGGAUCCCAAAUUACAGACAAUUGUGUUUGUUAGAGCGGAAUGGGAAGUUCUGCUUUAACAAGAUCACAGAAGACCGGAACAACUAGGGGGAUGGUGGGUGCGCGUGGGACACAGGGAAGUGUCAAACUGUACAAAACUGGUUUGACUUCUUACGGUGGCAUAAGUGGUUAUGGUGGUUAGACUGUCCCUUUACUUAUUUAUAAGCAAUUGUUUGCAAAUUACAUUUUAUGAUUGAAAAAUUGGUGUCCAUUAAAUAUAUCUUUUUAGAUAACUAUUAAAAUGUAUGCUUCUUCGGUGAAGCAAUAAGUUCAUUGUUUGGAAAUUCUGAUUCCCACUCCAUCAUUUUCCUGUUUAGAUAUUUCAGCCUCCCUCGAAUUCACAGUUUAGUAAAUAAUCCAAGUUCUGGGGUUGGGUUUUGUGUAAUAUACUGGUGUGUAGGGCUAGAUUUUUGUAACUGUGCAUGUGCUUUUCUCUUUGAACUAAACAUAUUAGAUGUUGGUUCCUUGGGGGCGACUGUGAUUGGCAUCUGUUCUGUGUCGUAAUCUUAUUUGACAUCUCAAAGCCUUUUCAUGAUCCAAAAAAAACAUUUCUUUACAAAACGUAUCUGCAAAGAUUAAUCUCUUGUCAGUCAUAUGAAGAGCCUGCAAAGAUCACUCUUGGUUUGUAGUUUAGUUUUUUUGAAAACUUACAAUAAGCUAUUUUAUCAUUUGCCUACUAGUUUUUAAUUGUUAUUUUGACAAUACUGGAAACAUCCCAAUGUCCUCUAUUAACUGUUGGUUUUCUGAAGUUCCUCAAGUUAAUUAAUGGGACACUAUAGUCACCAGAACAACUACAGCUUAUUGGAUUUGUUCUGGUGAGUAGAAUCAUUACCUUCAGGCUUUUUGCUGUAAACACUGUCUUUUCAGAGAAAAUGCAAUGUUUACAUUACAGCCUAGUGAUAGCUUCACUGGCCACUCCUCAGAUGGCUGUUAGAGAUCCUUCCUGGUUCAUGGCUGCCUAAAAUGCAUCCAAGCAUUCCGUGUCUCCUCCCUCUGCAUGCAGACACUGAACUUUCCUCAUAGAGAUCCAUUGAUUCAAUUCAUCUCUAUGAGGAGAUGCUGAUUGGCAGGGCUGUGUUUGAAUCAUGCUGGCUCUGCCCCUGAUCUGCCUCCUUGUCAGUCUCAGCCAAUCUUACCACUUCUGAUGAUGUCAGCAGACUGCUUGUUUUUCUGAGACAAACAGCAUGCAGAGUUACAGCUUCAGGCUUGAAUACAGUAAGAUUUUGCUAUAUUUAGGGAGGCAUGAGGGGCCCAGGGGGGAUAGAUUGUGGUUUUAACACUACAGGGUCAGGAAUACAUGUUUGUGAUCCUUUAAGUGCUAGUAAAUUUGUGAGGAGAAGAACAAUUAACAAUCUGCUUUCUAAAUUAACUUAUAUGGUCACAUCUAUCUCCUUACUGUUUUUUGAAAAGUAUUUGUCUGGUGAACCAGAGACCAUUUGGUCCCUAUUUAUCUCUUCUCCAAGUCUUCUAAAAAUACAUUAUGUGGGGUACAUGGUCCAGCUUCACCUUCCCUGUUUAACAAACUGUUGUCCUCGAGAGUCUGUUCAAAAAUUCAUAAUUGCUUUCCUUGGUCCUUUCAAUAAUUUUUUAGUUAGAGUGGCAUUGCCGCUCUCUGGGGACUUUGCAUAAUUUGUAAAGAUCCCCACCUGGGACAUCACUGCUGGUGGUCUGGUGUCUGAGGGGGGGGUCCUAUAUUGAGGUCUAUGGAGAUUCCCAAAAGGCCGCGGGAUCCUCCAUAGAUACAGCGAAGAUCUCUGCAGAUGUCACUGGUGACGGCUGGGUGAUUGACACUUCUAGGCGGUGUUAGCUGUCUAUAAGUGUCAGGCGUAGGAAAUAUACUGAGACAUAGUAGUCCCCACUUCGUCCCCAUAUAUCUUUUCUGACUGGGUUGGGGUUUCAGUGAAAUUCCAACAUAGUCAGGAUGAGUAUUUCAUAAACAUUUUCUCUUUAUGAAAUACUCCUUUUGUGGGAGGUGUGACAAUGCCACUUUAAAGACUUUCUUCAGAGAAGUCUGAUCCUGAUUAGAAAACAUUAAUAUUUUUUACAAAUCAUUGAUAAAGGAAUGAGUCCGUCAAUACCUGGACCUGACACUAAUGUAGCAACGUGCAAUGAGCCCUUUAGGAUACUGCUGUCCACAUAACUAUCAAGAAUGUGGCAUCUACUGUGAGACUGAAUUUCCUUUUGGAGCUUAGUUACAUUAUGAGCCAAAAUACUUCGUCUGCACUCCAUUUGUUCCUCAGGAUUUCAUCAUGAGCGUUCCUCAGCCAGGUUUCCAAAACUUUCACUACAUGGGAGAUAGGGAGCCAUUCCACUGACAUUUGUCAUUUGGUUCGUGACAACAACUAGGAUUACCUUGUUUGGCCAAGAUUAUUUUAUUGGUCUAUGUUUUUGGCUAUUUGAAAAAAAUAUGUUCUCAUCAUAAACGUAUUCUUAAAAAAAGUCUGAAAAAGAUUCUUCAACUUCUAAAGUAAGUACAGAAGGAGUCAGACUUUCUUAUUUUCAAGAUUCUUGGUUUUCCUCAGAAGGAGGGUUUUUGUGUGAAUUAUGUGAACACUGGUCCGAAAAAAUAUACUUUCUCUCUCUGACUCUCCAGCAUGUGGGCUGCUAAAUUUUUAGUUUUAGACAACUAGACACAGAUUAAAUAAACUUGAUGCUUUUACAUGGGAAAGGCACUCGAGUCCCUGCUGGUAGACUGGACAGGUUGUCGUGUCUGUGAUUCCAUUUGGGGAGACACACAUACAUCUAUAUUAGAUAUGUAACCACACCACCAUCUGCUGGCCAGCUAAUCAAAGCUGUGCACUUCCUCACAUUGUCUGCUAACCUUCUCUUGGCUUCCAAAACCAUUAACAACACGUGAUGACAUCAUUUUGGCUAGAACAGAGACCUGACAGAAAAGGGAUUACAGGAAGGUAAUAUUUCACAGAAAGGGGAUGCUGUAGGUAAGAUAAUAUACCUUUACUUUAAGAGGUGUGAAAAGGAGGGGGGUUAAAUGGUUCAGUCAUUUUCAAAAUGUGUGCAUGACAAUGUCAACUUUAGUAACUCUUGCACAGAUAAAACUGUGUAAACGUGCAGAUCCCACAAUGCCCCCCUGCUUUCAUCCCAGCAUGCAAUUCAUUAUUAUGCGAUACAUUGUCCCUAGAGAUUUCUCUUCCACAACAUUCUUAUGAUUCCAUACUUCCCAACAUACUAAAUGGACAAAGAGGGACUCUCUAAUUUUAGUGUUGUGAGUGGGGUUGGGCCAGGGGCUGUCUGUGGUUUAAGAAAUUUUAGGUGACUUACUAAGAGCAAUUUAUACAACUAAAAUGUAAUUUAAAGCAACAACGAUGUAUCUUCUUUACACAGAGUGAUUUCUAAACCUAUUUAUUGUAGUUUAAAGACACAUUAAUUGGAGUAUUAUCAAUGCGGAGCUCUGUUAUACACUCAGACACACCAACAAUAUGGCGCUCCCACAAAACAGGAACAUUAGGAUAGAAAAGGAGGGACAGAGGGAUUUGGGCCAAAAAUAGGGACCGUCCCUAUUAAAUAAGGACACUUGGGAGGUAUGUGAUAUUAAGUCUCCUUUGUAUUGUACAUGUUACUUUUUUGAUGAAGUUAUUCCAUUUUGUUACAUAAUUUCAUGGAGUUAUUGGGAGGGACCUGGAGUAUGUCAUUCCUUCAGUAGGAUAGUAUUUAUAUAUGUACAUUUUAGACUUUAUAAACUGACAUUGUUAGAUUUUAUUUCUGGGUGGGUUUCAUAUCUCUAAAUAGUCUGCUUGAGCAUCAAAUAAUAUUUAAAUGGUUUUUAACUUAAAGGACCACCAUAGUACCAGGAAAACAUACUUGUUUUCCUGGCACUAUAGUGCCCUGAGGGUGCCCCCACCCUCAGGGUCCCCCUCCCGCCCGGCUCUGGAAAGGGGAAAGGGGUUUAAACUUACCUUUUUCCAGCGCUGGGCGUGGAGCUCUCCUCCUCCGAUCCUCCUCCGUUCCUCCUCCUGGGCUGAAUGCACACGCGCGGCAAGAGCUGCGCGCGCAUUCAGCCGGUCACAUAGGAAAGCAUUCAUAAUGCUUUCCUAUGGACGCUGGCGUGCUCUCACUGUGAAAAUCACCGUGAGAAGCACGCAAGCGCCUCUAGUGGCUGUCAAUGAGACAGCCACUAGAGGAUUAGGGGGAAGGCUUAACCCAUUCAUAAACAUAGCAGUUUCUCUGAAACUGCUAUGUUUAUGAAAAAAUGGGUAAACCUAGCUGGACCUGGCACCCAGACCACUUCAUUAAGCUGAAGUGGUCUGGGUGCCUAGAGUGGUCCUUUUAACAUUGAAAUGAUAAAAUUCCAGGAGUAUUACGAGAUAUUUUGUUCUUUGACGCAUUUUGUUUUGAAUAUUUUUAUUGUAUGCACAAUAUAAAGUCAUGCAUCAGAUUGAUUCAUAAUAAAAGCAAGUGAUUGCCCACGCAGGGGCUUAGACAUUGGUUUAACACUGCAUAUACAUUUGGUCGCCUGCGUAGAGGCGGGUUUGUCCUAGCCUGUGUUUGUUUUUUGUUUUUUUGUGCACAUUUGGUUGCUUUGUGUUUUAUGCUCUUAUGUACUGUAUUGCCUUUUUAGUUUGGUUAUAGCGUUAAGUAAGUGUUUUGUGUUAACUGGUGUGUUUAAGUGCUGCGUGUUUGCUAGUUGGUAAAUGCAAAUUGUCGCCUGUGCAGAGGCAGCUUAAUCAGCUUGCUAAUCAGAGUCAGACAUUAAGCGAUAAUCUAAGAUACAAAAACUUUUUCAACUUUCAACAUAAGGAGCAUAUUUGUUUUUAGUCUGCUGCCUUAAUAUAUAACAAAGCUAUUUGGAUACCAGGUUUACAGUAAUAUGCGACUGUACAGGCUAUCAUGCAGCAGUCAGCAAUUAAAUAUGCAUCAAUAUCUACCUUUGGCCCCUAUGGGCAUUCUGGCAUUAACUGUACAUUCCUGUGAUAUUUUAAACCAGCAUUUUAUAAUCAAAAUAGAUAAAAACUGAAAAAAUGAAUGCAGCUGUUAAGACCCAAAUGUGAGCUAUCCAUCAGCAGGGUGGCUCUGUUAGUCUCCAUGUUUGUCUGGGGGAGUCUCUCAUGGUGCUGCUUCCACACUGUCCCUGGGGUGCCUGGCCUCCUUCCCUCACCCUCACGCCGAUCUCCGCUCACCGGUCUGGUCCCCCACAGUUCCGUGGGCACUCGGGAGCUGAAACUGUCCGUUGGGCCCCACCACAUAAGUCCUCCGGCCGUCCACUCCCUGCACCUCCCCGGCCCCGCUUGGGUCCCUUGAGGAGUGUGUUCCUGCGUCUCACCCGACGCCGGCCGCAUGCUUGGAGCCGGCGUCCGCCCCCCACGACCACCGGUCCGUCGAGGGGGGCGGCACAGUCCCGCCCCACCGGCUCACAGCGCCAGGGACUAGGCUUUCUGGGGACCCCUGACCCAAAUGCCCGGGCACACACCUCUCCCGUGGUCGAGGUCACGGCCUGGUGGAUCCGUCCGGCACCUGGCCCUGCCAGGGCCCGUGUGAGCCGUCCAUAUUGGUCCCCUUUGGUGCUUCUCCUUCUGGGGUAAGUCUUCGGGUGGGCUGUAUUUGUUGCCUUUACCCGUUUAGGCGGGCAGCUUGGACUCCGUGCGGUAUCUUCCACCUCGGAGGGUGCCGCCGCCAUGCGGCUUGGGUUACCCCCCACCCCCAGCCGGAUAGGGGAAAACAGGGGGGGGGAGCGGAGCCGGGCCGUCUCUUGCCUUGGAGAAUUCUUCCAGGUAGCUGUUAUGGCCGGUUUAUCAUUGCCCCCCGCCUGCCUGUCAGUUCGUGUCGGCGGGAGUCGCCAUCUUUCAUGGUGCAAAGGCCUGCUUGUUUGUUUGCAGUGUUCCUGGCUUGUGAUCUGCCUCUGUUUGGGAUCCCCAGGAAGCUUGGGUGCUGUUUGGUAAAUGUGGAUCCGCCAAAUCCUUUUCAGGGUGUUGUGGGCGCUUAUUUUGCGGGUUUUUUCCGGGCUCAGGCCAGGAGACAUAGUGUGUUGCUGCCUCUCAGUUCGGCGGCCCGGCCCGGCCCCGCCCCCCUCCUUUGACGCAUUUUGUUUAAUGUAUGCAUUACAAAAUAAUACAAACAGACUAUAAUAUAAUUGAUCAUUUACUUUAUAUAACAUUUAGGACAUGACCUGUAUAUAUACCCAGGGCCACCCUUUGAGUGGGUUAUCAGAAACAAAGUUUGUCCAUGUAAAAUUUAUACACAAUUUGCAUGAUUUGAGAUAGCUCGCACUGCGUGUCUGACAUGGGAAACACUGACAAAAACUGAGCACUCAAAGUAUGUUUUAAAAUGAAUUUAUACAAAAUACAGAUAAGGAACAGCACACACACACACAAAAAAUACAGUCUUAAAUUUUACAAAUUCACUUCAAAUCACCUCUCUCUGGAAAAAAAUAUAUAGGAAUUUAGUCCACCGUAUGGCCACCAUUAUUUUAUUAUUUUAAUUUCUUUGUUAUAUAUGAGAUUUAAUAUGCCCGGAUUUCUCAAUAUCUGACUUUCUUCCUUCCAUUUCAGGUCUUUAGAGAGUAGUUUUUAUUGCAUACACAUACUACUCUUUCAUUCUUCUCCAUAAAGUAAAUCUAUCCUGAUAUGAGCAGACUUAACCCCACUUUCUAGGAUCCCGAUAUAUAAUGGACAGUGAGAAUGGUGCUCAUCUCUCCGCAAACACAUACAUUAAAUAAAACGCCCCAGACUGGAAGAUAAACACACAGCUUCCUCCCAAACUCAGCGUGUUUGUUUAGUGAUGGCUAAUUAAUCCUUUAAGUAGUUUGAUCGCCUACCAUCCUGUGCUGACAAUCUGAUUGUCUUUUAAUUCACUGUAAAUAACCAGAGAGAAAAGAAAAAACAUUCUUAGUGGGGUAUUCUUUUUGUAAACUAGCAAAAUAAUAUUAUUAAUGGGAAAGGGAUUUAAAAAAAUAAAUAAAUAUAUAUAUAUAUAUAUAUAUAUAUAUAUAUAUAUAUAUAUAUAUGAUCUACUAAAGUACUACUACUCUUGCGGCCUGUUUUUUGCUCUCCACAAGUUUAAAGGGAUAAUCCAGACGUGGACCCCUUGCUCACGGUGCCUAGAGAGAUACCAGCUAUGCCUCACUGAUGAUGCCUAACAAGGCUGAAACGAUCGUCUGGGGUUGCUGUGUCUCUUGUGCAGAGGAAACUUGCUGGCAUUUCGGAUCUGGACUGCCCUUAUGGGUGGGACCAGUCAAUGUUUCAGAGAUGUUCUCUCUGUAAUAGCACAAGAUGAGCUAAAACCAGCUUGAGCUCUGAGCGGGGACCCACCGAAGGGCAGGCUAUUUCAGCUGCUGCACGUUCUCCGUAUUCUCUUGCGCCCUGUUUUUUGCUCUCGUAAUAAUUAGUGUUUUACCAGGAAAUAUGGAUUGGAGUGUUUCUGGGUUUAGCUUGUGUUUUGUGUUGCUGAUACUGGCACAUGUUUUAUAAAGCUCCAUUAUUGGAGCUCUGUGUUUAUUUCCAUAUGUGACAUGCUGUAAGACCGUGGUGUAACUGAAAUUUCCUUUUAAUUGUCUCUAUUGAUUAUAAUUGCGGCACCCAACCUCCCCUUGUGACGCCUGGGGCUCAGAAGCCGGAUUUUAGAAUACUUCCAUCUUUAUAAUUCUAUUGGUGUUUUCUGCAGCCUGUGUCACGUCUGCCUUUUAUUAAAGCUAGAAUACUACGAACGAGGGGGGCAGAUAUAGAGAUCUGUAACAAACGAAUUACUCGUGUUUCCAGUUCAUGGCAAAAACCUGUCUGGAUUGUCAAAUGAUAUGUGCAAAGCUUGUCUGAAAAGGGUUACACAUUUCUCCGUUCUCUUGGGAGAAUCAGAUUAGAAUUGUGCUGGGAGUGUUGUUCCUAUAUGCCUUUCUAUUUAAUGCUCUUUAAAGGGACUGUAACCACUAUAACCAUUUCAUCUCAUUGCAUUGGUGAUAUUACAUAGAGUGUUUCUAUUCAGUGUUUAAUCAUUUUCGAGCAGUUUAACACUAAAUAAUGCUUCUGGGUUUCCAAUAGCUCCGCCUCUAUGGGAGAUGUGGCUAAGCAGAGAUUACACACUUCCUUUUUGCCAUACAAAUUCAUACAAGCAAUGGGCGCUGUGAUAGGCUGAACGGAGUCAGCUGAGACUCUCACAGUCGCCCAUGCUUUCUCGUUAGUCCCAGCAGCACGGAGGGGAUGGACUGCGCCAGGGAAGUCUAGAUACUAUAACCACUGCAAUGAGACGACAUAGUUAAAGGAACACUGUAGGCACUAUAACCAUGUUUAAAAUAUCUAGUAAAGAGCUUGUUCUUUUUUUCAGUUCCAAACUUUAAUGAAUAUUACGUGUAUUUUAAGUAUAAUAUUAUUAUUACUGGUAUUUAUACAGUGCCUGCAUUUUCCGUAGCGCUUUGCAAUAUUAUCAAAGGGAGAGAUUUAACAAUAAAUGAGUCAAUUACCAAAACCAAGGAACAAUAGGUUGAAGAGUGCCCUGCUCAAAUCCCUAUAUUUAAUAAAUAGGAAUUUGUGGAAAUCCAUCUUGGCUCCCUGGGAGCAAUUUAUUUGAAUAAAGGAGGGCCUGGUUAGGAGCAUUUGUUUAAAUCUUUUCCUCUGCCCUUCACCAGAUCCAGCCAUUUGUAAAAUAAUCUGUGAUAAACCAUUAUUUAUCUUGCCAUCAGCAUUAAUAUUGCCCGUCUUUAGUGAGUUAGAAAUGUGAUAAAUCAUUUUUGCAGUGGCAAUAUAAUAACAAAAUACAAAUAAAGGAACACUUUUAGUAUUAAUCCACUAGAUCUGAGACUAUAGAGGGGUAUGAUAACCAAGCAGACUAAAAUGGCUGAAUUUGAGCAUUCCGCUGGUUUCAUUGCUUGUAAAGUAAAACUUGCAAUUCUCGUCAAUUCCUGGAUACGUCAAUAAACACUACAACACACAAAAUACACAGCAAUGUGCUUUAUUCAUGUAUAACAUUGGAAAGCCACGUAUUACCUCUUAGAUGCCCCUGGUGGUCAUAUUCUUUACUGCAGGGGAAUAUAAAAAACAAACAUUUAGUAAUAUUUUGCUAAUUAAGGAUCCUCCAGGGAAGGUGGACAGUGGUACAUCAACCUAAAUCUUAGCCCAUCUUCGUCCUCAUGUGAUUAAUAUGUCAUGAAAAUUUGCGUGUUUUGUGUUUUGUCCCUGCAUCUGUUACAAUAUGUAUACUGUUCGGCCGUGCAGUAUCUGUUACAAUAUGUAUACUGUACAGCCAUCAAGCAUCUGUUACAAUAUAUAUACUGUACGGCCAUGCAGCAUCUGUUACAAUUUGUAUACUGUACGGCCAUAGAGUAUGUUACAAUAUGUAUACUGUACUGCCAUACAGUGUCUGUUACAAUUUGUAUACUGUACGGCCGUACAGCAUCUGUUACAAUAUGUAUACUGUUCGGCUGUGCAGUAUCUGUUACAAUAUGUAUACUGUACAGCCAUCAAGCAUCUGUUACAAUAUAUAUACUGUACGGCCAUGCAGCAUCUGUUACAAUUUGUAUACUGUACGGCCAUAGAGUAUGUUACAAUAUGUAUACUGUACUGCCAUACAGUGUCUGUUACAAUUUGUAUACUGUACGGCCGUACAGCAUCUGUUACAAUAUGUAUACUGUUCGGCUGUGCAGUAUCUGUUACAAUAUGUAUACUGUACAGCCAUCAAGCAUCUGUUACAAUAUAUAUACUGUACGGCCAUGCAGCAUCUGUUACAAUUUGUAUACUGUACGGCCAUAGAGUAUGUUACAAUAUGUAUACUGUACUGCCAUACAGUGUCUGUUACAAUUUGUAUACUGUACGGCCGUACAGCAUCUGUUACAAUAUGUAUACUGUUCGGCCGUACAGCAUCUGUUACAAUAUGUAUACUGUACGGCCAUAAAGCAUCUGUUACAAUAUGUAUACUGUACGGCCGUACAGCAUCUGUUACAAUAUGUAUACUGUACGGCCAUAAAGCAUCUGUUACAAUAUGUAUACUAUACAGCAUCUGUUAAAAUAUGUAUACUGUACUGCCAUACAGCAUCUGUUACAAUAUGUAUACUGUACGGCCGCACAGCAUCGGUUACAAAUGUAUACUGUACGGCCGUACAGCAUCGGUUACAAUAGGUAUACUGUACGGCCGUACAGCAUCUGUUACAAUAUGUAUACUGUACGGCCGCACAGCAUCGGUUACAAAUGUAUACUGUACGGCCGCACAGCAUCGGUUACUAUAGGUAUACUGUACGGCCGUACAGCAUCGGUUACUAUAGGUAUACUGUACGGCCGUACAGCAUCGGUUACAAUAGGUAUACUGUACGGCCGUACAGCAUCUGUUACAAUAGGUAUACUGUACGGCCGUACAGCAUCGGUUACAAUAGGUAUACUGUACGGCCGUGCAGCAUCUGUUACAAUAUGUAUACUGUACGGCCUUGCAGCAUCUGUUACAAUAUGUAUACUGUACAGCCGUACAGCAUCGGUUACAAUAGGUAUACUGUACGGCCGUACAGCACUGGUUGCAAUAUGUAUACUGUACGGCUGUACAGCGUCUGUUACAAUAGGUAUACUGUACGGCCGUACAGCACUGGUUGCAAUAUGUAUACUGUACGGCUGUACAGCGUCUGUUACAAUAUGCAUACUGUACGGCCGUACACCGUCUGUUACAAUAUGUAUACUGUACGGCCAUACAGCAUCUGUUAAAAUAUGUAUACUAUACGGCCGUACAGCAUCUGUUACAAUAUGUAUACUAUACGGCCGUACAGCAUCUGUUACAAUAUGUAUACUGUACGGCCGUACAGCAUCUGUUACAAUAUGUAUACUGUACGGCCGUACAGCAUCUGUUACAAUAUGCAUACUGUUCGGCCGUACAGCAUCAGUUACAAUUUGUAUACUGUACGGCCAUAUAGAAUCUGUUACAAUAUGUAUACUAUACAGCAUCUGUUACAAUAUGUAUACUGUACAGCCAUACAGCAUCUGUUACAAUAUGUAUACUAUACGGCCGUACAGCAUCUGUUACAAUAUGUAUACUGUACGGCCAUACAGCAUCUGUUACAAUAUGUAUACUAUACGUCCGUACAGCAUCUGUUACAAUAUGUAUACUGUUCGGCCGUACAGCAUCAGUUACAAUUUGUAUACUGUACGGCCAUAUAGCAUCUGUUACAAUAUGUAUACUGUACGGCCAUACAGCAUCUGUUACAAUAUGUAUACUAUACGUCCGUACAGCAUCUGUUACAAUAUGUAUACUGUUCGGCCGUACAGCAUCAGUUACAAUUUGUAUACUGUACGGCCAUAUAGCAUCUGUUACAAUAUGUAUACUGUACGGCCAUACAGCAUCUGUUACAAUAUGUAUACUAUACGUCCGUACAGCAUCUGUUACAAUAUGUAUACUGUUCGGCCGUACAGCAUCAGUUACAAUUUGUAUACUGUACGGCCAUAUAGCAUCUGUUACAAUAUGUAUACUGUACGGCCGUACAGCAUCGGUUACAAUAUGUAUACUGUACGGCCGCACAGCAUCGGUUACAAUAGGUAUACUAUACGGCCGUACAGCAUCUGUUACAAUAUGUAUACUGUUCGGCCGUACAGCAUCAGUUACAAUUUGUAUACUGUAUGGCCAUAUAGAAUCUGUUACAAUAUGUAUACUAUACAGCAUCUGUUACAAUAUGUAUACUGUACGGCCAUACAACUUCUGUUACAAUAUGUAUACUAUACGGCCGUACAGCAUCUGUUACAAUAAGUAUACUAUACGGCCGUACAGCAUCUGUUACAAUAUGCAUACUGUACGGCCGUGCAGCAUUCCCGCACUGGGCUUGUAAUGGCUACGUUUUGGAUAUUCUUUCUCCUAGUUCUGCUGUUCUGCUUAAACCUGCGAUUCGAGCAAAUGUUCCAGGGAGGCAAUAGAUAGCUAUUGUUUAUUUGACAUAUUCACUAAAAUUCCAUUUUUUGUGAAUUAAAUGCAGCUGCUAAUAUUUAAGAAUUUAUUUCAGGCCGGAUAUUUUACCAUAAAUCAUGUUAUUUAUAAUCGUUUCUGUUUAAAGCAUGGGGAAUCUUCCAAACAAUUCGUGAUGGAGUUUCUGUGCAAUUUGUCUAACAAUAAAUGCUGAUUCUCUGCUAUUAUGAUUCACCUGUGAUUUACAGGUUAAAACCCCUAAAGAUCAAAGUGCUUUGUGACGCUACACUGUACGAGCUUGAUCAGAAAUGCAUCCAAGAUUAUUUAAUAAAGUGCCUGAAAUUCAAAGUGAAUUUAAAGGGAGUAUAAUUUGUCCAAAAAUAACCAAACUGAGAGCAAAACUGACUUAGAGAAUUUUUUCAAUUCACCCAUUUUAUCCUAAACUUUGAAUUUCCUACAGACUAGUGAUUUAUUGGCUGGCAGGUAAGAUGGGGGAAAGGGACAAGGGCAACUAUGCAACCAGUGCCCGACCAGUUUCAGUUCUUUAGAACUUCAGAAGAAAUUCUGGUCCAUUUUAAAAUGUCUUGCUCAUGUUUUUACAGCUAUGUCAUCCUAUUUGUUUAUCAUCAAAUCUGAGCUGCCCUCUGCUGUUGCUGGGUUCCUGUCUGGAGAUCACAGCGGGUAAGUGACCGAUACCCAGGCGCUGUCAUGAAUCAUCUACUUACCUGUUGUGUUCCUGGAGUUUGCUUGCACGGUGCAGUAAAACGUGCUAUUUAUACCCCAGUGAGUCUGAUCUUCUAUAAUGCGACCAGCUACCUGGUUUGUCCAAUAACAACCAAAAUAUAUACAUAAUAUGAGAACCGCCAGAUGUAAAUCUCACUGCACCAUCAACCAUCCCCCUUGCAUUUCUUCAUGGCUUUUUAAAGCCACUUUACCAGGAAACUGAUUGUUUGCUGUUGAAUUGUUCAGUCAGCAGUUCCUGUCUCAUAAUAUUGUGUGUAUGAGUAAGCCAACCAACCAACCUCAGACCUAUUUAAUAUCGGUCAAGACCCUUUGCAGAGUGAUGGCCAUUAAAGGAAAGAGCUAUAGUCACCAAAACACCUUUAGCUUAAUGAAGCCGUUUUGAUGUAUAAACCAUGACCCUGCAGUCUCUCUGCUCAAUUCUCUGCCAUGUAGGAGUUAAAUCACUUUGUUUAUGCAGCCCUAGUCACACGUCCCUGCGUGUGACUUGUACAACCUUCCUAAACACUUCUGGUAAAGUGAGGUCUAAUGUUUAAACUUCCUUUAUUGCACAUUAUGUUUAAUUUAGAAUUCCUUAUAUCGUGCACUGUUAACUUGCUAGACCUUGCAGGAAUUUCCAGUGUAAAGUUCAAUUUACAGACCAGGAGAUAAGUAAGUUAACAACUGAUUGAAAAUAAAAAACAUUUUUUUUUUCAUGCAGACUGUGUGAGUCACAGCCAGUGGAGGUGUUACUAGGUCUCCAUAAACAGACAAAACUGAUUUAACUCCUAAAUGGCAGGAAAUUGAGCAGAAUGGGAAAUACAUUGCUAAAACUGCUUCAUUAAGCUAAAGUUGUUUUGGUGACUGUAAUGUCCCUUUAAAUAAUGUUUAGAUGUUUUGCUUUUUUUCAGUGAAGACAAUGAACUGGAAAGAUCUAAACACAAUUAAAAUCAUAAAGACAAUGUACAUGCAUUUUUAUUUUGUACAUUUCCUGAAAUGGCUCUUAAUAACCUCACACCCAACAGUAUGUCCAAAUCAGUCGCAUGGAAUAGAAGGCAAUAUGAAAUGAAGAACCCAUUGGCUGGCCUCCUCUAUAGAGCAGUCCAGCUCAAUAUCUAUUGAUACAAUGGAUUAAUUUACCUGUAGCACAUCUUGUACCAUAUUAAUGAUAAUAUCUUCCUCCCUGUUUCGGUUGUGGCAUUGAUAUGUUUGUACACUUUAUUUGCUUCUAGUUCGUGGUAUCUCGACGGCAGAAUAUUACUAAUAAUCACAUGCGUGUGCGUUGUUCUUCCGUUAGCCCUCCUUCCCAAAAUAGGUAAGGCAUAAAAGCUUUCUAAAGAUUGUAAUGGAAGGGGCCUGGGAAGGAAAGGGGUGGUGUUUAAUUUGGGGUAUUUUAAUUCAUUUCAGCCAUGGGGCCUGGCUUGUUAAGCUAUUACUUGGGUUACAGUAGUGCGAUGUCUGUUACACUAAAAUAAAAUUUUACUGGCAAACAUUAAAGGACAGAUUUUUACUUAUGACAUUCCAUUAGUGGUAAGCCAUUUCUAAUUCUACCCUACAAAAUGAUGUAAAUGAUCUGUGACAUGCGCGAGGGAACGCUACAAGCUCCAGAUACCACGCACUAUAAAAUAAAACCUAGAAAUCUAUACCCUUGGCUUUAGGAUCACGUUACACAGAAAUUGCUUUUUAUUUUACAGGCUUUCUUGGCUACACAAGUAGUUUGUCAUUUUUCUUUAUGGUGUACUUUGCAAUUGUGGUAAGUUCCUAAAAUAACUCUUCCACUUUGAAUUUUCUUUUUCUCUUCCAUUUUUUUUUUUCUUGAAAUGUAUUUCUGUCAUUGACACUUUGCAUUCUGACAGUAGAUUGCAAUCUUUGCACGCUCACGAAAAAAAUAAAUGUAUUCUGCACCAAGAUUAAUUUUCGCAAAGUAGUUUAGAAAAGACUUUUAUAUUUUAAUAUAGCCGUGUCUCCCUACUUUGUAAACGAAAAAUUUAAGUUGUGCCUUUUGACUAGCCCAUGUCACCCACCGCCCUAUUAAAUUGUGCUUUUAUGCACUCUCUUUAUUAGUCAUUAAGCCAUGAGGGGGCUAAUAGCCAUCUCUGUCGCCAUAGCCGUCUACGAAGUUGCCAAUUCGAACUAAGUGAGACUUGUAAUGCUGGCAUAAGGUCUCUCAGAGCCAGAUUGUCAUGACAGAAAUUCGUACUGUUGGUGCUUAAUGGGUUAAACUGAUGGGCUGUGCUCCCUCUUUCUAUGUGAGCAAAAUUUGUCAAGUAUUUUUUUUUUCUUUCUUUCAUCAGUUACGAUUACUGAUCUACUCAAUGUCUAACAGUAUCUGCUUACCGACAUGGUCAUCAAUCUGUUUAACACUGUCUUCUCUUUGAUGAGCAGUUAAAAUGUCAAAGCAUUUUUUAUUUAUAUAUUUUUGUUAAAGCGAUACUUAAAAAUAUAGUCUCACCGUUUAAUGACACAUUGGGGUUUACUUGCUGAACUCUGUGUAGUAGUGAAUUGAAAUACAUUUGCCACACUAUAGACUAAAAUAGCUCAUUUGUAAAAGCUCCACAACUUGGCUGUAGCCACAACUGCGUUUUACUAGCCUGCGUUCUGUCAUUGGGAUUGUAAUUCCAGAAUAUUUGGAGUUUAGUGAGUAACGUUCAACGUGUAAAGAGGAUUAAAGACUUCACAUUGUAUAAAUAUGUAUUACUUAUUUGAUUUUUUUCAUUGUUAAUAUUAUUGUGGAAUCAGCAUGUGAAGCAAGCUAUGAGCAGAAUUCUCUGUUUCAUAUUAAAUGGGAGCUAAAUGACUUUUUGCUCUUGUCCUCAAUAAUGCAUGUGAUCUAUACUAACCAGUUCACCUCCUUCACCAUAUAGAGAAAGCAGCAUUUUAAACGUAUUUGAUCAAUUGGAGUCUUUUUGGGCUGCUGACAUCUGACUUAAUUUUAGGGACAAAACCAAUCUGUUGUAAGCCUUGCAAUAAAGUGAUUUGAAUGAGAAUUAUAUAUUUUGUAUAUUGAACUUUGUCAUUUUUGGCAAAGGGUUUUUAAAAAGAAUUAUUCGCUUUGCCCAACACAUUGUAUUUUGAAAACGGCAGUGUCUUAUAUUUAUUAUUAGUAAAUGUGUUAACCAGUGUUUUCAACAAAAGCUCAAUUAAAGAUUUGCAAUUAAUCUGACCACAUUAGACAUUCAGCAUCUUCCAAAAUAGACUGCUGGGAGCUAAUUGGCCAAUCCAAAAUAGACUGCUGGGAGCUAAUUGGCCAAUCCAAAAUAGACUGCUGGGAGCUAAUUGGCCAAUCUAAAGUAGACUGCUUUGAGCUAAUUGGACAAUCCAAAAUAGACUGCUGGGAGCUAAUUGGGCAAUCUAAAGUAGACUGCUUGCAGCUAAUUGGCCAAUCCAAAGUAGACUGCUAGGACCGAACUGGCCAAACCAGUGUUCUGAUUGGCUGCUGGCAAUAAAUGCUUUCAACAGAUGUUUCAUUUCCUUUCAAUCAGUAAAAUUAUAAAAAGUAAUCAGUAAAAUUGAGAUUAUUGCUUGCUACAUUGUUUUGUUUUUUUUAGAAUAGUGAUCAAUGGAUUUAUGUAACGUAAUGUCAUUGGAUAAAGCAGCUACGAUGUCCAAUGUAUUUUCUACAUAUUUAAUAGAAGUUCCUCGGUAUUCCUUAGUCUCGUGUCAUGUUGCAUAGUCAAAAUGUUAUCACUGGAAACUUUUCAAAUGAUUUAUCUACCAAAAAUCCCAUAGACGUUAAUGGUGAAUAAUACAACAUUUGGAAAGAUUGUGAUUGUGAUCAUUAGAAAAACACAACUAACAAUGUUAAAUCCAGGCCUUCGUUUGAUCUCACUCUGCUGUUUCUGAGGGGUUAUCCUCGCUGUGAUUACUCGGGCCAGGAUUUGGGGAGAUUUACCAAAAUGUUCUGAAAAGUGGAGGAGUUGUCAAUGGAACGUGACUGCUGGUUCCACUGGUUUCCAUGGUGGUUGUCCCACUUUCUGUACUUUAGUCCACUUUUUAGAACACUUUGGUAAAUCUCCCACCUAGUUUUAGAUAAAGUUGUUCAUUUUUCUUGACAUUCUGUUUUUGCAUGGAUAUUUAUUUUCAUAUUAAACUUGUUUUAUGUUUACAGAUUGUCAUAAAAAAAUGGUCGAUCCCAUGCCCGCUGCCGUUAAACCACACAAUUGAAUAUUUGCAGGUAAUAGAAUUUUCAUGAUCAGUCCUGGUUCAGAGCUAUAUGUUAAUGGUGAUUGCUCACUGUUUAACACUUUUGAUCCGUACUCUCCUAGUCAUGCAUUGAAAGUAACUGCCCUUAUUUAGUACCCUGACACUAUUUGUUGGUCAGUUCCCAUGGUUUAAUAUCUUUCUGAAGCCUAGACUAAGAACCAAUUUAUUGCCCAUCAUACCAUUUAAUAUACUUUAUAUGGGCCCCAGGGCAGUUACCACUUGUCUCUGUAAUGUUUUAUAGGGAGAACACAGUAAAAAAUACUGUCAUCUGAAUGACCUUUUGUGUUCAGUAACCCAGGAACUGCUGCAUUGAUAUGUGAACAAACCAGGAAGUGGCUAAGAUACCACAGUCUAUCCUGGUUCCACAUGUCAUUGUCACGUGGAGAUCUGUCACUCAGAACAAGCUGUGCCUGUAGAAACAGACCUGUUCUCAUUGUUUGGAGUAGAAUCUACCUUUGUAUUCAUCUAUUGGCCACCUGACCUAUUCUAUGCCAUGAUCUCGGUGUGUUGGUCAAUACAUAUACCUUCUUUGUUUAUCUGCAUAUGAUGGAAGUGAACAGAUUGUGAGCUGUUCACUAAUCCUCAAAUUUAUGUAAAAUGUGAUUAUUAGGAAUAAUUACUUAAACUCUGAUAUAGUUGCGUCUUUGGCUAUUUUAACUGUUUCCUGCUUUUAAUAUAUUAUAUCAUGCAGGGACAGACAGCCUUCAGCACUCCAGAUGUUGUGGACUACAUCUUCCAUAAUGCUAGCAAAGCCUCAUGGCAGAUGUAAUCCUUAACAUCUGGAAUGCCGAAGGCUGCCUACCCCUGGUUUAGUGAAUAAACCCUUAGCGGACAUGCCUCUCCUUUAAAGGACCACACCGACCAACAUAACAUCAUCAGAAUAGAAGUUUAAUGGUGUGGGGAGGCCAGAACUUCAGUCUGGAAGCCUUGGCCUGGGCACUGCUGAGAGCAUUAGUAGCUCUGCAUUGAGAAAAUAGUUAGAAACGUACACUCCUGAUUGAACCAUCAGACAUUGAGAGAAAAUUCAGGAGUAGCGCAAUCGGGUUAACAAUUUACCUUUCAGCUAAGGCAGCACCUGGUCCUCCUCGUACCGUAGCAAGUUAAUUCUGAUGUAGUUAUGGUGCCCGGAGUGUGCCUUUAAUGCCAGAGGAAUGCUGUUUUGUGUGCAUGUCUGUCUUGUUUGAACACAAUAAUUUGAAAAUGACAACACAGUGAGAAUUUACAGAGGUGUGUGUUUUAAAACAAUCUCCAAACUAAAAGAAUAACGUGAAAUUUGCUAUUUUCCUCAGGUUUCCAACAAUUCUGAAUGUAAACCAAAGCUUUUUGAAUUUUCCAGAGAGGUGAGUACUGUCAUCACUGACAUUUUACACUAACAAACUCGUGUGAUGUAACCAUGGACCCGCAGAAUUUAAUUAUUCUACUCAAUUUUCCAUAACACUGUGCUCAUUUGGCUUUUUUAAUAUGCAUUUUAAAUCUUACCUUUUCUUCUCACAUCAAGUCUCCCUCCAAAUCUGUUCCAGACUUUCACCUUAACAACAUUGCCCGCAUUCACCAUUGUCAAACACAAGAUUCAACUAAGGCACUUUUUCAUGCACUCAUCGUUUCCCGACAUGACUAUUCUAAGUCACUACUCAUCGGGCUUCCAAAUACCGGCAUUGUUCCUCUCCAGUCUGUAAUGAAUGCUGCACCCAGGCUCAUCUUCCUGACUGACCGCUACCCCCACAUCUCACCGCUAUGUCAAUCAUUGGCUUCCUGUACCCUUCAGGAUCCAGUGCAGAUUGCUAACACUAACCUACAGAGCCCUCACUAACUCCACUCCUCACUACAAUUCCUCUUUAAUCAACAAAUACACCCCUUCACGUUCCCUUCACUCUGCAAAUGUCCUUGUCCUUAUUCGCUUAUUCUCAUUUUGACAGCUCUCACCUGAAUUCCCUACUCCACGCUAUCAGCCUCUCCCCCAGCCUCCAAUCCUUAAGAAGUCACUGAACACAGCCACACAGCUAUAGGAAAACGUACCAUCUUCCUGGGUAACACUUCUCUCAUUUCACUGCACUUAUCGCUUCCCUUGCCUCCAUAGCCCAGCUCACUCUCUCUCCUGACACUCUUUGGUUCCACACGGCAUCUUAUCCAUCAAUACCAACCCCCUCUGACAUACUGUUAUUUCUCGUGUGUGUCUUUACCCCUUCUCGGUUAUAUUACUUAUAAAAAUUACUUGUUCUUAGAAAUCCCCAUGUUAUCAUUUUAAUGCGCUGUGGAAUAUGUUGUCGCCAUAUACAUGAUGAUGAUAAUAAGUUUCACUUUCUGCUUUUUGCAAGAAUCCCACCAUGCAGCUUUUAUAUCCAUAUGUUACAGAGAGAGAUGGUACAUUUUAUUUGCAUACCUCAUUCAUUUAUUAUUAUUUACAUGUUGGAAUACAUUUAUUUCCAAUUAAGAUAAAAUGUAUUUUCUUUAUGUGAGCAAAUAAAUGACUGCAUCAAAAACCUGUAUAAAACCUUAAUGAAAUACUCCAAAAAAACAAAACAAGGGGACAUACAUAUAACAACAAAUAUACCGUUGUAAACACAUAACAGACACCAGUUACUGUAAAGGAGUUUUUAGAUUUUUCCUGUUUUUUUUUUACCCCCAGUAUCUUUCCUUGUUUUUGGUAAAAUGACAAUAUGGAUUUAAUAUUUUUUUCCGAAGAAAAGUUUUUGCUCAUGAUAUCAAUAUCUGCAACAUAGAUCUAGGUCAGAACAGUGAAUGUUGAAAGGUGAUCAAUGUAUCGCCCUCCGGUAAUAAUGUCACUGUAAGAGCUCCACCCUAUGGCAUUACAGUGCUGGCUACUGAUUGGCAGUCACAGAGCUCAGAGACCCUCUGAUCUUGUGCACUUCAAAAGCUGGCACCAUCCAGGGGAUAAUAGGCCCCAAGGGAGAAUCGGGUUACACCAAGGUCGACUGGUGGUGGGAUUUAAAAUGUUGGGGACAUUCAGAAAUGUAAUCCAAGAAUGCUUGUUCUUGUCAAGCUCGAUUUAACUGUGGUCUUUUACAGCAGUGUUCAAUUACAACAACAACAUUGUGAAGUGGUUCUUUUGAUUAUCAUCUGGGGUGCAGCUACCUCUGCAUUGUUACAGAGCUCGUCUAUGAAAACUUUUUUUCUGUUUGUUUUAAACUUUUGUUGGGUUGCAGAGUUUGCAAAAGAAAGUUAGAGUGCAGUUUUUUCUGCUUCGUAUCACUUUAUUGUGCGAGCGUAGUCCUGAAUCAGGUUUUUUUUUUAUAAAUAUAUAUAUCUAUAAAUAAAUAAAUGUUUUUGUAUUUUGGUUAACUAUAAGCAAUCAUGCAGUGUUAAAUAACAGACACAAAAAAAAACCUCCGUACUACCUUUGGGUCGGGUCUCCAUAUUUUACCUUUGACCCAUUGAUGUACCUCGGUUUUAAUAAUAAAAUGGGUUUUCCAAACCCAUGGUCUUUUAAAGUUUACAACCACAACAAAAACCUCCUCCUAUUUUAAACGGCUUUAUAAGUCAGGUUUGUACAUACGAAGAUCUAUGUUAUAGUGCAAUAAAAAACGAACACCCUGCAUUAUAAACCUCCCUAUUGUCCGGUCAAAGCUGCCCAUUAUUUGCUGUAAAAUGAAGACUGCGUACAAUGUGCAUAAUCGCGUAACCGUGGCAAUUUUUGGUAUUCACGUCACUUUUAUAAAUGGAAGUGAGAUUUUAUUCUUUCCCGAGCGAGCAGUUUUAAGAAUUUAACCCCUUCACGACAAAGGUUAAACAAAUCCCAUUAUAUCUUGGUAGUUUCUGGCACAGUGUGUCAUGAAGUGGGUGAUUGGGCUUCUCUUGGUAGACCGCCUUGCUUGUUAUACCUAAUAGGGGGAGAUAAUAGUAUGCACAGUGUCUACGUAAACAGUUAACAGUUUGCUUACAUGCGAUUUAGAGAAAUUGUAUACCCCCGGCUAGGCUAAUUGCCCUGAAGGAUAGAGUUUGAUAUCCCUGUUGUGUAAUUUCUGCAUUUUUCUGUUGAAUACGCGUUUCAUGUUCACAUAACCGUAUCACUUACUGUUACUGCUUUAUUAACCAUUACACACACGCUCAGGAUUAAGAACCUGGUUACACAGCCCCGUUGUAUAAAUUAAUCUGUGUUCUUUUAACUUUUAGAGCGCCUUUGCUUUACCCACGAUGGCCUUCUCCUUCCUUUGCCAUACAUCAGUGUUGCCGAUUUACUGUGAGCUUAAAAGGUAUGUAUUCAAUUUAUUAUCUUGGUAAUUCCAAGUGAAUUCCAGACAGUGCACAGUUUGGUGAAUAUAUUUAGUGUUGCCCAACAAUACUUUUGUUUUGGAGGUGAGAGAGGAAAGCAGAGUUAUGUAUCAUUAAAAGGUUGCAAAUGCGUAAUAGUUCUAUUGGUUUGUUUUUUUUUUUUUUUGGUUUUUUUUUUUACUUAUUCAUUGAAAGAUCCCUGCCAGAAACCCAGGUGGGGCAAAAUCGAAAAAAGUAAUUAUUAAUCAUUUUAAUUCCAGUUUAUAUAAAAAUGUAAAACUUCAUAUAAAUUUCCAUUCUGUAUCUGUUACCGUCUGCUUUACAUGAAAGCGUUCGGAUUGGAGAAAAAAAUAACAUUGCAGAUAUGCCCCAAUUUGCUGUAGUGUAUAAAAUCCAUUUAGACAUCUUUGUAUGUACUGCACAGGUUCAAAGGUAAAAAAAAACCAAUAUAUAUAAUUAAAUAGAUGGCGCUUGGUUUGAAAUUGCACCAUUAUUUCGACAAGUCCUUAAUUAUUAAGUAGAAAUAAUUUAUUUUGGGGAGUUUAUAUAAAUCUCCCACCACGAUGACCACCAGUUAUGAAUAUUGGCAUUUAAGUCCCAAUAAACUGGUGAUAGCACAGCUAUAUGUGGGUUUAUGUAGACACAUUAUUUUUCAUUUUAAACGGGCAAGAAAAAAAUUAAUUCCCGCAUCGUUGCAGAUUGUGUAUAUUUGUUUCUCCCUCUCAGUCCAUCCAAGAGCCGGAUGCAGAACGUGGCCAACCUGGGGAUAGUGUUAAGUUUCAUCAUAUAUUUCAUAUCUGCCUUGUUUGGAUACCUCACAUUCUACGGUACGUAUAUAAAUUCUAACUGUUACUAUGACAAGCUGUAGCACACUGUCAGGCUUUGCAGAUACUCUGUGCACAGCACCCUGGACCAGCUCUUGCUAUAUCUCCCAGUAGGUUAAAAGUAACUCCAUUCUGGAGUGCGGGAGAGUUUAAAUUGUGAGGAUCAGUUCCUCUUCUGUUUACAAAUUAAAAGUAACAAAAUAAUGUUACAAAAAGAUAACGAAAAUAUUAUUUUCCUUAAUGCACUUAAUAUUCAGUUUAGAAUGGAUUUCGUUCAUAUUGGUUGCUAUGCAAUUUAAAAAAAAAACCUAUGAAACAUAAUAAUAGAAUCUUUAUAUUAUGAUGCAAAUGAAUAAUAUAUUCCCAUGAACGUCUCUGUUAAAUACGAGACUCCGUGUGAAAACGCUAUGCCUUUAAGAAGGAUGGGGCAGCUGUCUUGUGUUUUGCACAGAUCAUCUUACGCGGAGUUUUAUCAUCUUUCAUAUGUUGCUCUAACCUUUGUGCAUUUCAUUAUUUAUCAGCUCUAGAAACCAAAUUACUAUGCAGGAUUUUGUGUUUUGCAAAUAGGAUACAAUAGUGUAAGGACGACUGGAGUCAAUACACCACCUGUUACUGUUUAGAGGAUAAUCCUCAUUUCAAAGUUGAGAAAUUUUAGCUGGUAUUCGCAAGAUGGGAUAAGAAGUUAAUAAACUUUAUAUAUUUUGGAGGAAGGAUAAUGACGGACACUAAUUUACAUGGUCAGUCCUGAUAUGCCAGGGUUACAUUAGCUUUCUUUUAUCUGAUUGAUUUAAAAUAAAAUAAAAAAAUAAAUAAAAAGCACAAUAUAUAUAUAUAUUUAAAUUCUUGUUUGAGGAACAUAAAGAACUUGUCCAUUCAAUAAACAGUCAACACACUACUUUAUUUUAAAUGUUAAUUGUGUAUUUCGUACUGUUUUGAGAUAGUACAAUAAAUAAAAUCUACCAGAGUUGGUUUCCCAACAGAAAUGUUUGCGAAGUCCGCUGAUUAUUCGCCUUUCACCAUUACAGUAACGCAAUCUUGAUGUUUUUCAGAUAAAGUAGAUUCUGAACUGCUGCAAGGCUACAGCAAAUACCUCCCCAGUGAUGUCUUGGUCAUCACAGUGCGACUCUUCAUACUCCUCGCGGUUCUGCUCACUGUGCCCUUAAUACAUUUUCCUGUAAGUGGAGAAGAAAAAUAAUUCAAUCCGUGAUAGGGCCAAGAUACAUUGAUGCAUUAAAUGUAAAAACAAAUCUUCAUCCACUGCACUUAUUUUCUUUCUAUUUUUAGGCUCGGAAAGCCUUUAUAAUGAUGGUUUUCUCUAGUCGUCCCUUCUCGUACGCUCGUCAUAUUCUGGUGACGUUGGCACUUAAUAUAAUUAUCGUUCUACUUGCAAUCUACGUACCAGAUAUAAGGAAUGUGUUUGGGGUGGUCGGUAAGUCUUUUAGUUUUUAUUGAUGGGAUAUUUAGAACCAAACUUGUGGGAAAAUUAACAAGGUGUUUGGAAAUCCUUGGCUAAAAUUGCGCAGUUGGUGAAAUUGUCAAAAACUCCUUGAUUUGGGAACAAAUCUUUACCUGUUAAUACCAUCACCUGGUGUCAUUGUGGGAAACAUUACGCUGCAUUUUACAAUUGUACAUUGUAGAGAAGAGUGAAGCCAGUUUACCCAGAUAAUCUGUAUAAUUAAUAUAAAAUCGAAUAAGAACUAUUGUUUAGCUGUGUAGGACUGAAAGCCUCUUUCAGGGUAAAACAGGCUGAUAGAAAACAAUGGUCUCUUUUUGUGGAAAGAUUGUUUGUCUGUUGCCAUCACUGAACAUCGUUAAUGUAUUAGGAUAGUGUUGUAUUUUGGAUGUGAAGCAGGAGAGUUAACAGAAGUUCCUAAGAAGGAGCAGCUACCUGGCUGAUGUGGUGAAGGUCAGAACCCCAAAUAAGUAAUCAAACCGUUCUAAAAUAGUUUGACUACUCACAAUGUGAACUGUAGUGGUUAUGGUACUUAGCGUGUUCCUCUAAAAGGGAAAAUAAAUGAUGGCACCAACAUUACAGGCAGUUUCCUUUUCGUUUAAUUGGUUUGGUAACGCCAGUUUAAAAAUGAAAUUAAGAAGUAAUGAGUUUAGAAAGGGCUUUUGUAUUCGUAAUACUUUUCAUGGCUGUGACAAACUUAAAGAGUAGCAAGCAGCGGGGGUAGAGACUGAGAUAUGCGGAAACAAAAGAACAGAGAGGAUCCAAUGGUGUAGUAUAGUGUGAAAGUGGGGGUUGAGAAAGGGUAAAUAGGUACAAAAUUGGGAACUACCAUCCGCUCUAUUCAAUAGGCAUGAGCGAUAUAACCCCCACUUAUGGAUGAUGGAGAUGGGUUCCUAACUAUGUGGAUCCUCAUGAUAACAGAAAUAGGUGCUCUAGGGUGAGGUAUGUUCUUAGUAGUGAAUAUCAUGGUAAAGGUAUAUAUACUCACCUAUUAGUGAGCCCAAAUUGGCUCCCCUGUAAUGGUGUGGACAGGUCUAUUCCCCACUCUGGGAUCCUUGUCACCAUGGAUGAACUCCGCAUGAACUCGGUGAUAUGUGGAGACAGAACACAGCAACAUAGUAUAAAACAGCAAAUAAAAAAAAGAAAUCCUCACAAUUUGUUGAGCAAUAUGUAAUUGCUCAAUCUACAAGGCUUACAUGGUAUAAAUCCCCAUCAUAGAAAAUAGAUUCAGCAAGGCUCCUGGGUAAAUAAUAAAAACAUAACACUCACAAAAAAUAAAAUAAAAACAUGAAUUUUGCUCAGUACAGGGGGCUUUAUCGAUGAAGUUAUUGAGCUUUCUUUUUUAAACGUUCAUUAAAGAAUCGUAUAUUGUUUCUCUCCCACUCUCCAGGAUCCACUACGUCAACUUGUCUUCUGUUUGUUUUCCCGGGACUAUUUUAUGCCAAGCUUAGCACGGAACCUUAUUGCUCCCUACAGAAGCUCGGGGUAGGUGAUACAUUUGGAAAGACACUGCAAUCCGUUAAUAAUAUACAAUUCUAACGGACAUUUUUCACAAGUAACUUUAGUGGCGAUUUUCUUGCUCUUCCAUGGGACAGUUAUAGUCCAAAACCUCUAACUGUAAACCCCCAUUGCAAUCAGUGGCAAAUAGACAGCAGAAAAUCUAGACCAAUAUAGACAUUUAAAUAAAACUUACCUACUGUAUCUCCCUCUACUGUAAUGUAUCCUGUAAAGUGCUGAGUACAACUGUUAGUGCUAUAUAAAUACAAUAUACAUACACUGUAUACCUACCGCACUUACUGAGUGUAUAUUUUAUUAAUAUAGCUCUAACAGGUGUACUCUGCACUUUACAGGUUACAUUAUAGUAGAGGUAGGUACAGUAAGUGCAGUAGGUAUACAGUGUACAGUACAGAGGUACACUGUAUACCUACUGUACCUCCCUCUACUAUAAUGUAACCUGUAAAGUGCUGAGUACACCGGUUAGCGCUAUAUAAAUAUACAUACAAUGUGUACCUACCACACUUACUGUACCUACCUCUACGAUAAUGUAUCCUGUAAAGUGCUGAGUACACCUGUCAGUGCUAAAUAAAUAAAAUAUACAUACAGUAAAUGCAGUAGGUAUACAGUAUAUGUAUAUUUUAUUUAUAUAGCACUGACAGGUGUACUCUGCACUUUACAGGUAACAUUAUCGUAGAGGUAGGUACAGUAAGUGCGGUAGGUACACAUUGUAUGUAUAUUUAUAUAGCGCUAACCAGUGUACUCAGCACUUUACAGGUUACAUUAUAGUAGAGGGAGGUGCAGUAGGUAUACAGUGUACCUCUCUACUGUACUGUACACUGUAUACCUACUGCACUUACUGUACCUCCCUCUACUAUAAUGUAGCCUGUAAAGUGCUGAGUACACCUGUUAGAGCUAUAUAAAUAAAAUAUACACUCAGUAAGUGCGGUAGGUAUACAGUGUAUGUAUAUAGUAUUUAUAUAGUACUGACAGGUGUACUCAGCACUUUACAGGUUACAUUACAGUAGAGGGAGGUACAAUAAGUGCAGUAGAUAUACAGUGUAUGUAUAUUUUAUUUAUAUAGCACUGACAGGUGUACUCAGCACAUUACAGGUUACAUUACAGUAGAGGGAGGUUCAGUAAGUGCAGUAGGUAUACAGCGUACCUCCCUCUACUGUAAUGUAACCUGUAAAUGGCUAAGUACACCUGUUAGUGCUAUAUAAAUACAAUAUACAUACACUGUAUACCUACCGCACUUACUGAGUGUAUAUUUUAUUUAUAUAGCUCUAACAGGUGUACUCAGCACUCUACAGGUUACAUUACAGUAGAGGGAGGUACAGUAAGUGCAGUAGGUAUACAGUGUACCUCUCUCUACUGUACUGUAACCUGAACACUGUAUACCUACUGCACUUAUUGUACCUCCCUCUACUAUAAUGUAACCUGUAAAGUGCUGAGUACACCUGUUAGAGCUAUAUAAACAAAAUAUACACUCAGUAAGUGCGGUAGGUAUACAGUGUAUGUAUAUAGUAUUUAUAUAGUACUGACAGGUGUACUCAGCACUUUACAGGUGACAUUACAGUAGAGGGAGGUACAAUAAGUGCAGUAGGUAUACAGUGUAUGUAUAUUUUAUUUAUAUAGCUCUAACAGGUGUACUCAGCACUUUACAGGCUACAUUACAGUAGAGGGAAGUGCAGUAGGUAUACAGUGUAUGUAUAUUUUAUAUAGCACCGACAGGUGUACUCAGCACUUUACAUUGCAGUAGAGGGAGGUACAGUAAGUGAGGUAGGUAUACAGUGUAUGUAUAUUUUAUUUAUAUAGCUCUAACAGGUGUACUCAGCACUUUACAGGCUACAUUACAGUAGAGGGAAGUGCAGUAGGUAUACAGUGUAUGUAUAUUUUAUAUAGCACUGACAGGUGUACUCAGCACUUUACAUUGCAGUAGAGGGAGGUACAGUAAGUGAGGUAGGUAUACAGUGUAUGUAUAUUUUAUUUAUAUAGCGCUAACAGGUGUACUCAGCACUUUACAGGUUACAUUACAGUAGAGGGAGGUACAGUAAGUGCAGUAGGUAUACAGUGUAUGUAUAUUUUAUUUAUAUAGCGCUAACAGGUGUACUCAGCACUUUACAGGUUACAUUACAGUAGAGGGAGGUACAGUAAGUGCAGUAGGUAUACAGUGUAUGUAUAUUUUAUUUAUAUAGCGCUAACAGGUGUACUCAGCACUUUACAGGUUACAUUACAGUAGAGGGAGGUACAGUAAGUGCAGUAGGUAUACAGUGUAUGUAUAUUUUAUUUAUAUAGCUCUAACAGGUGUACUCAGCACUUUACAGGUUACAUUACAGUAGAGGGAGGUACAGUAAGUACAGUAGGUAUACAGUGUAUGUAUAUUUUAUUUAUAUAGCUCUAACAGGUGUACUCAGCACUUUACAGGUUACAUUACAGUAGAGGGAGGUACAGUAAGUGCAGUAGGUAUACAGUGUAUGUAUAUUUUAUUUAUAUAGCGCUAACAGGUGUACUCAGCACUUUACAGGUUACAGUACAGUAGAGGGAGGUACAGUAAGUAUACAGUGUACCUCCCUCUACUGUAAUGUAACCUGUAAAUGGCUAAGUACACCUGUUAGUGCUAUAUAAAUACAAUAUACAUACACUGUAUACCUACCGCACUUACUGAGUGUAUAUUUUAUUUAUAUAGCUCUAACAGGUGUACUCUGCACUCUACAGGUUACAUUACAGUAGAGGGAGGUACAGUAAGUGCAGUAGGUAUACAGUGUACCUCUCUACUGUACUGUAACCUGUACACUGUAUACCUACUGCACUUACUGUACCUCCCUCUACUAUAAUGUAACCUGUAAAGUGCUGAGUACACCUGUUAGAGCUAUAUAAAUAAAAUAUACACUCAGUAAGUGCGGUAGGUAUACAGUGUAUGUAUAUAGUAUUUAUAUAGUACUGACAUGUGUACUCAGCACUUUACAGGUUACAUUACAGUAGAGGGAGGUACAAUAAGUGCAGUAGGUAUACAGUGUAUGUAUAUUUUAUUUAUAUAGCACUGACAGGUGUACUCAGCACAUUACAGGUUACAUUACAGUAGAGGGAGGUUCAGUAAGUGCAGUAGGUAUACAGCGUACCUCCCUCUACUGUAAUGUAACCUGUAAAUGGCUAAGUACACCUGUUAGUGCUAUAUAAAUACAAUAUACAUACACUGUAUACCUACCGCACUUACUGAGUGUAUAUUUUAUUUAUAUAGCUCUAACAGGUGUACUCAGCACUUUUACAGGUUACAUUACAGUAGAGGGAGGUACAGUAAGUGCAGUAGGUAUACAGUGUAUGUAUAUUUUAUUUAUAUAGCACUGAAAGGUGUACUCAGCACUUUACAGGCUACAUUACAGUAGAGGGAAGUGCAGUAGGUAUACAGUGUAUGUAUAUUUUAUAUAGCACGGACAGGUGUACUCAGCACUUUACAGGUUACAUUGCAGUAGAGGGAGGUACAGUAAGUGAGGUAGGUAUACAGUGUAUGUAUAUUUUAUUUAUAUAGCGCUAACAGGUGUACUCAGCACUUUACAGGUUACAUUACAGUAGAGGGAGGUACAGUAAGUGCAGUAGGUAUACAGUGUAUGUAUAUUUUAUUUAUAUAGCGCUAACAGGUGUACUCAGCACUUUACAGGUUACAUUACAGUAGAGGGAGGUACAGUAAGUGCAGUAGGUAUACAGUGUAUGUAUAUUUUAUUAAUAUAGCGCUAACAGGUGUACUCAGCACUUUACAGGUUACAUUACAGUAGAGGGAGGUACAGUAAGUACAGUAAGGAUACAGUGUAUGUAUAUUUUAUUUAUAUAGCUCUAACAGGUGUACUCAGCACUUUAUAGGUUACAUUACAGUAGAGGGAGGUACAGUAAGUGCAGUAGGUAUACAGUGUGUGUAUAUUAUAUUUAUAUAGCACUAACAGGUGUACUCAGCACUUUACAGGUUACAUUACAGUAGAGGGAGGUACAGUAAGUACAGUAAGGAUACAGUAUAUGUAUAUUUCCUUACUUGUUAGUGCUGGCACUUAUUACAUACUGAUAUUCUAUUUAUUAAUACUGGCAUUUAUAAAGCGCCAACAUAUUCUGCUGUGCUGUACAUUCUAUCAGUAACAUAUCCAUAAACUGUAUGAUUUAUUGAAGGAAUUUAAUUUCUUUAUAAUAUUGCACGGUGUUAAAUGAUAACCUCAAAAUUUUAUUAAUUAUCAAACUUAUUGAAAUCAUAUAACAAACAAAAGGUAAAUAAACAUUUUGCGCAAAGACACCACGUGGAUGUUAAAACGUGGACUGCGAUAACCGCGUCCAUUUUACCCCAGGAAUUAAUUAGUUAAUUUCUGAACAUUUCAAACACCCUCUGAUGAGGAUUGUACAUUGAAAUGCUGCUUUUCUGAAAGCAUGAUCUGGAAAGGGCGGCAGAGCGAGAAAGCCUGUUCUCAUAGAGUGUAAAUUGAUUCCUUCCACAAGUACUAAUUUCUGUUUGUUUUUUCUUCUGUUCCCAGGCCUGUGGGUUGCUUGUUCUUGGUAUUUGUAUUGGUGCCUGCAGUUUAACACUAAUUACCGUGAACUGGGCUUACAAUGAAUGAGAGAAUCGCACUGGAGUUUACCUUUGAACAGAAUGUGCAGGGAUUUACAGCUUAGGGUAUCCAGUUUCAGGGGAAAUUGGUAGAGAAAUGAUUUGUCUUCUGUUCACGCCACCCUGCCAGUCAUUAAAUGUUCUGAUCUGAAAAAGAAACCCGGAAAUAGAAGAAAAUCACGUUUACAAAAGGGAGAAUGCUGCCAACAGGUAUUACAUUCAAACGAAAUUCGCACUUUCUCCGGCUUUUGUUAAUUAAGUACGGAAUUGAUAAGAACCUUCCCAUUCAGGUUUGGGAUGUACAUGAAGGCUUUAUUUAAUUCUGUGUGCACUGCCGGCCCUGGGGGGGUAAUAGACUAUUGUUUCUUUAAUAAUGUUAACGAGGCUCUUUCCAAAUGUUGGAAAAUGCUCAGUGUCCCAUAUUUGUGACUUGGACCUUCUAGUCCGUUAGCAGUAAUGGCUUCACGCCGCGCUGUGUUAACGCACAGCUAUUGGAUGCCAUUCUCCACGUUCAAUUUAAUCCAUUCCAGCUAAGCUCAGGUGAUGGUGCCAUGCUUGCCUACCUUGUGUUUACAGUUAGUGAUUCUGAGCCAUCGUAUUAAUUGGUGCAAUCUUUUACCUAAAAUCACAUUUCUGGGUUUUUAUGAUUUUCUCUGAAAUGCACAAUCCAGACCAAAACGGACGGUGAAGAUGUGAAAUGAGAUUGUGUUUUUUUUUCUCUCUCAUCUAACAACUAAUUCUUAAUCUGAAACCUGAACUAUUGCAGGUAAUAAGUGUCGUCCUUUCUGUUAAAUGGACUCCAUGAUGAGAGAGCUAUUGCGUAGCAUUGAAUACACUCUCUGUACAUUGUACUAGCCAAAUGGCUACUGUCUGGCGUGCGCCAAUAUGGCCUCCACAAAUAGAGGCAAGUGGUGGUAUUUCCUUAUAGCCAGCCCCCUGUUCGCAUUGAGGGACAGAAGGCUAACAGCUAAACCAUUCUAAAAACAGUGGCUACUUACAUUGAGGGGGUGUCGGCACCAUAAAUACUACAGCAAGCUUCAGUGUUUAUAGUGCUGGAAGUGUUCCUUGAAAUAGGGCUUCUGGGAGAAAAUGGAUUACUUUGCAUGCAGGCACUACUCCCUAACCAAGAGUAGGCAACCUUUGGCACUCCAGAUGUUGUUGACUACAUCUCCCAUAAUGCAGACAUGGUCCAUAACAUCUGGAGAGCCAAAGGUUACCUACCCCUGAUAGACCCUACACACGGUAUCACUGCAUUAUUUCUCUUUGAGGAAGCUGCUGAAGCCAUCAGAGGUGCUGUAUUCAUAGACUUGGCAUAGCAGUAAAGGUCAAGAACGUAAAAAAAUAUAUACAUAAAAAUGAUACUAUGCCUUUUUCAAGAUAUUUGCACUUUAACCCCUUAAGGACCAAACUUCUGGAAUAAAAGGGAAUCAUGACAUGUCACACAUGUCCUGUGUCCUUAAGGGAUUAAAAACUUCACAGUAUUGCUAUCAUUAUACAUCUUACAUGUAGGAUCAUGUAAGGCUCUUUGUAUAAAGCAGUUGAAUGUCAACCAGGACUUGGCAGGGUGUUAUAUAGAAUAAAACAUGCACACAUGAAAGAUUUCAUUUUUAAGCUUCUUGGUUUUUACCUCUAUGCCAUUGUCAAGCGCCAUUCAAUGCAGUUAUAAUUGAGCCAGUAGAACUGCCUUCUUAACCAAAUAUUUCUAUGUAACCUCAAAUUAACUGCACUACUUACUGUUUUUUUGUAAAGUAAUUUUUUAAAAGCAAAAAAAAAAAAAAAAAAACUUGAAUUUGUUUAAACAAUGGUCUGCUACAUCUUGAUUAUGUAUGGAAAAAGAAAAUAGCAACUCACUUGUGGCAUUGUUAAAGUUUGCAUUUGGGUUCAUCCACCCCAAUUCAUUGCCUUUUUAAGCACAGAAUGCAGGUAAUUCAAACAGUAAACGUAUCUUUCAGAUCUUUAUCUAGAUUCUAAUUUCAGUGCAAAGCUGCUUAAGACGGCUUAUCCACAGAACAUUAAUGCCAAGCUAAUAUUCCAGAUGUAGAUUGUAUGAUCGGCUCUUUGCUGUAAGCAUAUAUGUUCCCAUUGAAUUGUUUAUUCACAGCAAAUCACUGUUUAGUAAAUAUACCUUUACCUAUUGUAUGUGUGCUCUAACACUAAAUAUAAUUUCACCACCGGAAUUCUCCCCAUGAGUGUUAUGUUUUGGAUGCUGUGUGCUACUUCAGAGAAGGUGGAGUACGUUUUUUAUUGAGUAAGAUGCCUUUACAUUUUAAUAUAUAAUAUAAUAUAUUCAUUCCCCCCCCCACCCCUUUGGGUUUUUUUUGUCUUGGAUCAGUGAACAAAGCACAAUUCAUUCUAAACUAUGUCUGCCUAUUCAUCAAACUCCUGGAAUUCAAUAAGACAUUUUGGCAGCCUUCUAUUUAAUACUGCCUUGCUGUAAUCUAACCCUCAAACGCUUUGUUGGUUUUGUAAUCCAAUAAUCCUAAUUUUCUGCCAUGUUGAUGUGUAAUAUUCACCAUCUUAAAGGUACAAGCACAGGUAGCUGCAGUGAGUAGGACUAGCUGUGCUUGUACGGGGAGUCUGAUUUUGUUUUGUGUUUUACAUCGAUUAUUUGAUCUGUUAAUUUUUAAAAGCUACAUAAAAAUCGUAAGAUAUGUAGCUUUAUAAUGCUCCGCCACCUCUGUGAAAAUUUACUUAAUGUGUUUUUUGUAAGAGAACCAACAUUGCUAUAAAGUCACUACAUAAAAUAUUAAAUGUCGGAAGAGGAAGUUCCAGGUGCUGCAUUACCUUAAAGUGGCUCUGUCACCUCAAACUUUCCUUUCUCCAAUUGAUCCUCUUCUUUUCGGAUCUAUUUCUUUUAAAUCAUAAGAUAAAGUUGGGACUACUUUGUCCUGUGCUUGAUAAUCUUGACAAAGGUCAAGGUUGUCGAGCAUAGUAAAAAUAUAUAAGCUACAGUCCCUUUAUUGUGUUAUGUGUUAUGUGAGAAAUAGAUCCAUAACGAAGAGAAGUAGAUACAAUAGGAGCAAGGGAGGUUUGAGGUGACAGAGACACUUUAAGGAAUUAAAAUGUUACCAAACUGUUAAGCCUCAACCUUUAGAAGACUGUGCCCGAUUGAAGCCUCAGACCAAUAAAUGAAGUAGCUGGGCAUUGCAAUCAGGAAGCUAAGACGCGGCGUCACUUGACAUUCUCAGCCUAUCACUAGCUCUGCAUUCAGAAAAUUGGGUAAAACAAGUACGUAUCUUUUUCACUCGAUUUUCUGAUUGGGCGGCUGGUGAUAUGCUGAGAGUGUCAACUUAUACUCUCUGUGACGCCAGGUCCUAGCUUCCUGACUUGCAGCCUCUGACGUCUGAAGGAAGUAACUAGGCAGAGCAAUUAGGGGGAGACAUCCUGAUUUAGGGGUUACAUCAGUGGUUCCCAAACCAGUACACGAUUUAGGAUUACCCAGUUGUGUUUAAUGUGUUUUUAGAAAGAAAGGGAAAAAAAAAAAAAAUCUUAGACACAACUGGGUAAUCCCUAAAUCCUGGAUGGGGAGAUGCGUCUUGAGGACUGGGUUGGGAACCACUGGGUUGUACCAUUCGUUAAAAAUUUAACUACUUACAAUAACAUUGCCUCCAGGACAGCCUUACACUAUAAUCCAUUCGAUGAUGUUGUGCCACCAAGAGUGGUUCUUUAAAGCUACAUAUCUUAAAUAAGUUAUUGUAAUAAGGUUUGCCAGAUCUCACUCCUGUCUAGAGACUGUACUUGUGACAGAAGGGGGGGGAAAUAUUUAGUCACAGAUUUUCAGGAUGUCAGAUACAGACUUGUCCAGACUUUUAUUGAGCCAUCGAUAUUAUUAUUAUCUUAUAUUUCGGAGAGCAGCUGAUCUGUUUGCUUCUAUUAAUCCGCAGUUGAAGUUUCUGAUUACUUUGUACAGUAAAAGCAGGCAUUACACCAAAGAAGGAACACUAGAGUUAUGUGAGCAGAGCAAUUCUGGGGCUCAAUUCUAAAAGUGGAGCAAUCAAUAGAGACAUUCUAUUGGGUUCCACAGUGAUUGCACCACAUCUAGAACUUUUCCUCAAUAUUGCUUUUUUAUCCAUAACACGGGAAGAGAUUUUAGAGGAAGUUUUUUUUGUUUUAAAAGGUAGUUUUAAAAUAAUGAAAAGGGAAAGUCGCCAAUAGAAUGUGCAAGUUCCAUUGGUUUCUAUGGUGAUUGCGCACUUUGAUCCACCCUCUCCCAUGUGUCGACAUUUCAAACCUCGCACUAUUCACAGUACCUUGUGAGUUCAGUGUCCAUUGUCUUGUAAAGCAGAACUCGAUCUCACAAGUUGUUUCUUUUAUUCUUUUCCACGUCUUAUUUAAUCUUCUCCGUGCCUUGAAAACAAAGGAAUGUUUAACCGUUAAUCAAAAGUUUAAACCAAAUCACAAAAACUAGUCUUUCAUUGCUAAAAUGAAUAAUAUGCUGCUACAGUGAUACAGAUGAUUGGUGCUUGUUUUUUUUUUUUAAUUUUAUAAAACUGGUGCAGAAAUUCCAUUUGUCAAUGUAUUAAUAAAGUUGUACAGAAAUGUCCAGUGAUGUCUUGUGUCCUCAUUUUCAUGUAAGCAAAAAAACACUUAAUUUCUAAUUUGUUCCUUUAGUAAUUCUUCUAUAACCUUACC